GCUCCAUUGGCUUCCACGUGAAACUUUGGAGAUCGACGAUGACAACACAACAAACCGACCAUCAACAUCCAUCAUCUCUCGGCUUCACAAAAGAACUCGACACAAAUCCUCUAUCGUUGGCUUUGUCUAUCAACUACUCGUACUAGCUAGUUAGUCAGCUCCAGUUCCCAAGUAUCUAUCUGUUGCUACUAUGAUGUAUCUUCCCACAGGCCUGGCAUUGGCUCUUCUUUUGGUUGUUCCAACUGCCACUGGCUUUACAGGACCGUCUCUUCCCACGAGAUCCAAAGCUAUAGAUACUACACGCGCCAAUCCAGCACUGCUGUCUCCUUUGUUCCAUCAUGAUGAUCAUCACCACCAAGUCAGUAGUAGUAGUCCAGAACAUGAAUACAAGCCAAUGCUCCACAAACUCUCGCAUCGCUGGCAGAGUCUUCAACGACGUCUCCAACCCGCAACACAACUUGACGAGCCUGUCCAAUUGGCCGGUCUGUUUGGUUCGACUGUCAAAAAAGUCCACGAUCCCAAAACGUACUUGGCAUUGGCGCUACUAGCGGGUUUCCGAUACGAUUGGUGUUUUCGAAAUCCCUUUUUUUGGUUUGGUGUCGCCUUUUGCGUCAAAUGGUAUCGUGCGCGAUAUGUCUUUAAAAUUCCCGUCUGGGAUCGACAACCCAAUUGGAACAAUGUCAUUACCAGUAAGGAACAAGAAAAAGAUUUGAAAGCAUUUACCUGCAAGAAUUGUGGAAGUACCAUUUUCAUUGCCAAGACAAGAGAAUUCUUUUUUGAAGGAUCUACCGGAAUUGGUGGACUGGGAUGUUUUAGUUGUGGUGAAAAGGGCAAGGACAACUUUGUCAUGGAUCGAGAACGAAUUGUGGAAGAUGUGGCCGACGUGGAUGAUUACUUUGAUUAUGAACAACCACUCGACUUUGUAUCACGAGCGGAACGGAGAAAGGUUCUACAAGAAGCCAAAGGAGACGAAGAACUCGCCAACAAACUACUCAUUGAACGGGCGGGAGGAUCCACCGAAGAAGAAACAACAACCGACAACCAAAGCAGCACUGAAGAAGAAGCAACCGCUUCAGACGACAAUAAUAGUGAAGAAGAAGAGAAUCCGGUGGAAGUGGAAAGCAUUGAAGACGACGAUGCAGGUGAAGAAACUACUAGUACCGAUGAUGAAGAAGAGGAGAGUGCAUCACAGCCAGAAGAAUCACCAGUAGUAGCAGAAGAAUCUCCAGUAACAGAAGAAGAGGAACCUCCAGUAGUUGAAGAAAAGGCUAGCAGUGUGGAGGCUGCCGACGAGGAAGAGACUGUCGAGUCGAUUGCCAAUGAAAAGGAAGUGGAGGCGGUUACCGCUGAUAUACCGGCAGAAACACCAAAAGCACCCCGAAAAACGGGAAAGAAAAAGAAGAAGAAACCGACACCGUCAGUACCUGCCCCGCCAGCGGCAACAGAAUCUGAUGCAUCCGAUGACGAACUAGACAUUCUCGGUAUCUAGACAGAGUAGCUAGCACUCGAUAGUACCGGAUUAGUAGCUAAUUGUAGUAAUGGGGUCAUGAUUGCAAACUAAUAGUAGUCAUGGC